AUGCUUUCAACGACUACCAGAUCAAGUGUUAGGCCUUUUAUCACUACCUGUCUAUUUAACCGUUCAUUUAGUCAAUCUUUCAUCGUUUUGAAAAAGAAAACAUCCCCCCCAAUUGAGAAGGUCGAAGAAGAUGAAGUUGACGUCAAUCAACUGCUGAAAAAAGCAGAAGCUCAAUUUAAGAAGACUUUAGAGACACAGAAACAGAAGUUGAAUGAAAUAAAGCAGGGAAAUUUUAACCCUAAAGUAUUCAAUAGUUUAAUGUUCAAGAACAACAAGAAUUUUACAGACAUGGCUACCACAUCGUUGAAGGGUAAAAAUGCGCUCUUAAUAACCGUUUACGAUCCCAAAGAUGUGAAGACUGUGAUAAGCGGGGUCCUUGCUGCCAACUUGAAUCUAACUCCUGAGAGAAUUCCUAAUAAUGAUUUGCAAUUGAAAGUUUCAUUACCACCACCAACGACAGAAUCUCGAUUAAAAGUAGCUAAGGACCUAAAGAGAGUAUUCGAAGAAUAUAAGCAAUCGUCACUGAAAGACUCAUUGGGAAGUAUUAGGGGUCAUAUUUUAAAGGAAUUCAAAAGCUUCAAGAAAGAUGAUGCUGUUAGAAAAGCCGAACGUGAUUUGGAAAAACUGCAUAAAGAUUACGUAGGCAAGCUACAUGACCAAUUCGAACAAGUGGAGAAAAGUGUUGUGAAAUAA